UCGUCUUUUGUAGGUUUGUAGCUAUAGUGAGGCCCUUGCGACGUCGGAUGUCGAAGUCUUGUGCAUAUGCCAUCCUGGGAAGCGUGUGGUUGGCAGGUGCAGCUCUCUCGUGUCCGUCUCUCAUGUACUCUACGACCAUGACUUUUAGGUACGCAGACAGAGGUUAUCGCACAAUCUGCUACCUGGUUUGGCCAGAUGGACCAGCGGGAACUUCUUAUUCCGACCACAUGUACAACAUCGUCUUCUUGCUGGUGACAUACGUAGCACCCAUGGGUUCUAUGGCGGUGACGUAUACAUGGGUUGGAUGUGUACUUUGGGGCAGUAAAGUCAUCGGAGAGAACACAGACCUCCAAAAUGAUGUGGUUCGGUCCAAACAGAGGGUAGUGCACAUGCUGGUCGCAAUCGUAGUAUUAUUUGGCGUAUGCUGGCUGCCCUACCACAUAUACUUCCUCUACGUCUACCAUCACCAAGAAACUCUGGUUUCUGAUCACAUACAGCACGUUUACCUAGCCAUCUAUUGGCUGGCAAUGUCCAAUUCUUGUUACAAUCCCAUUGUUUAUUACUGGAUGAACGCCAGGUUUCGGGACUACUUCAAGACAGUACUAUGUUUCCCUAGGAACGGAAUGCGUCGCUCUGGGUGGCUCAAGGAUAACCGGAAGGUACCCAAAACGGCAACAUUCACUUGUUCCACACGCACACGUUCCUGUCGAGUCACCUUACCCAUGCCAAGAACGAUGAAUGGACAACAGCCCUUACCUCGAUAUUUGUGCAGUCGUCUCUGAAGAAAAUGUGUUAAAUGUCAUCGAACUCUGUGUUUUUUCUUUCUCUUUCAUACAUCUUCUUUACGAAGAUGAAAAAUCUUCUUGGUUGUUUAAUGGCUGCUUCUUCUAAAGCACUUUAGGAUAUGGAAACAAGUCAAUCAUAUUCUGAGACUGAUGCUUGCACGUGCACGAUUAAAAGUAUGAUGAAAGACACGUCUGAAACGUGAAAUUAGAAACAUAAGAGGUGCAAAAUAUUCAAAUUUUCAGUAUUAUCUGCAUUUUUGAAAUAAAAAACGUAAGGACUUCAGUUUGCAUCUAAAUUAUAACUUAUAUUAUAUAAAUGAAUCCAGAGUUUUAUUUUAGUCAUCGGAAGGUAGGCUACUAGGUUUAUCUUAACGCUGUUACGAUGAGCUUAAACAAUUCAAACUUUAAAACGCAAACUAAAUGGGACCAUAGACUAUAAAGUUAUUCUAAAACUUCAGAUAAUUGUCUUAGAUGUAACAAAUACUGUAAUACAAAUCAAAUUUUAUUUUUGCGGUUGUCUUAAUUUAUUUUAGAGAAAAUUAGUGCUUCAGAAAGUUUUAUUUUUUGUAUUGUUACAAAACAAAAUACAAAACGAAUAUUUUUAGAUAAACUAAACAUUGACAUCAUUUUACUGGCAUAACUAUACUCUAGAUUGCUCACUAUUGUUUAAUUGAAAACAAAGCUAAUAUAAUAAUUUUUAAUUACAUAUAUUUUUAAUAUGUCUUAAAUAUUCCUGGCAAUGUAGCUACACGUUUUUAAGCAAGGCAUAUUUUGCGUUACUGUCAACGGUGAGGUGCAACUAAAAAGGAAUUAAUAAUAACUCAACGAACUGCAAAAAAUAACUGAUUAUUAUAUGAAAAACAUGCAAUAUUAAACCAAAUUAUCUAACUUAUUCCACAUUUUAAUCUUCUCUUGCAAUGAGAAAUUUUUGUCUUAGCACUCAACAGACGUAACACUUUAAUAACACAGGUAAAAUGUAAAACUAAACUAAAAAAAAAAAAAACACUUUACAAAACUUUACAAAAACUACACCUUUUAGAACAACAAAAAAUAACAAUUACUAACCAUCGCUACUCAGUUUUAAUAACGUAAAUAUUUAAUGCAGUAAACGAUAAAAGGCACACUUCGCCUAUCAGCUCGUCUCUGAAAAUGGGAACUUGAGUUUUGCUCGCUAACACAUAUAUGGAUUUUGUGAUGAGUAAGGUUUUUGUAUUGUAUUACUCCGUCACCGUUUUCGCUUAUCAUGGGGCAUCUUUCGCUAAUCAGCUUUAUUGGCUCAUUCCCACAAACCUCUCCUAAACUAUAAAUUUGUUCGCGGUUUAAGUUUAACUCAUAUUGCAUUGUAGUGACAGCUAGAAUAAAAGAAAAAAGUAACGUAUUAGCUAAAAUAAACUUUCUAGGCCUUACAAUUUGUUUGACAAAAAAGUGCUUAUUCAUGUUUUAAGAUAUAUCCUUAUGAAUUUUCUCCAUCAUUAUCAUUUUUAAAUAUAGCAGUAUACUAAUUAAUGAUAUCUCUGAAAAUAUCAAAAUGUAAACUCUGUUUUAGUUACAAACUAGCUAUCUUCGAAUCGCAAAUUCUCAAUACCUAUUAGUAGAGAAAUCUCAACAAUAAUGUUUCUUUCGAUUUCUGAAUCAAACCUGAUUAAAUUGUAAAAUGAUUUUAUAAGGAAUAUCUUUCAGAAUGUUGCGUCAUGAAUUUGCAUCGUAAGUAUGGAAGCGAAAUUUGAGAAUAUCUCGAAAAUCUGUUUUCGCCAGUUAUACGAAGAAGAAACGAAAAUGGAUUACGGAAUCGGGAUUCAUAUGGAGUUGUUGGGAAACACAGAAAUGAUUACGAUAGCUCUAACAGAACAUAUUUAAUAUCUUGCUUGUGAAAUGCAUGUCAUUCAUGUCUGAUCAAUUUUCAUUAUGUAAGGUGCAUGUUAGAAUAUCUAGGUUAUUUCGACAAAUAUCAAAAUUUAAUUUCCCUUAUUCUCUGGAUACAUCCAAGGACAGAUUUACGUAAAAGCCAGUGAGGCAUACGCCCAGCAAUCUAUUUUAAGAGGACCUUCAGAACCUUCAGAAUUAAUUUAUGUUCAUUUUAAAUAACAGCUUUCAAUGUCAAAUUUUAACAAAUCAGAUUUAGAAACAUGAAUGUAAAUUUCUCUUUUAUAAUUUAGCUCUUCAUGUCUUCCUUCAAAACUUAGACUGGUACUAUGAAUAGUCCUUUCAUUUAAUGAAACUUGCAUUCAUAAGCGAAUGCCCCAAUUAAUCUAUGCCAUGAUUUAACUAUCAUAUUUGAAACUGAUGAUGUCAUUUGGAUAUGUGGAUUUUUUGACAAACAAUUCUUUUUGCGUUCUUGUGAUCUGUUAGUUUAAUUUGUUGAGAUUAAUUAAGGUUAAUAAAACCAGGAAGAUUUCUUUAUUAUUGAUAUUAUUCCCGGUUUUCCCCCUUGAAAAAUAUUUCUUGAAUUUAAAUUUAUAUAUAUUUGUAUUUUAUAACCCACACAAUGUUACAUAUUUUGUUUUUAUAAAAUUCAGAAAGAGAAGGCUUCGUGAAUGAUUUUGCUUCAGGUCUCUAGCUUUGUAAAUAGGCCUCUUGAUACAAAAUUCAUUAACUUAUCAGCUUGUUCAAAUAUCUCAAACAACAGCAUAGCACGCACGUGGUACGACAAACAUCAAAAUUAAAUUUUCAUUACUUUGCAUAUGCCACACCCCACCCCCACUAUUGGUCGAGCUGUUAAAGACAGCUAAAAUGCCACAAGUUCGUUUCGGAUUCCAACUCAGGAGAAGAGAUGCUCGCAUUGUUGGUUUUUGUGGCUCUCUCAUAUGAGACAUGAAUGCGAAUCAGUUUCUCUUAAAACGUCCUUCUCGAAGAUAUCUUUGUCCUCAUACAAAUAGUACUCUUUUGCUUUGCAUUGAAAUAACCAAACUGAACAAUUACCCAAGAUAUAUUAUUAUGAAUUAUAACUUCAGUUUAGGUAUUGUAAAAUCUGAGAGACAGCAUAUAGUUUCUGUUAUGGAGCUACUAUCAAAUCUGAUCAUAUAUCCAUUUACUUGUUUACUCAAAUAUGAUACUGCAACCCAACAAGAAUUUGCAAAGUUACGUGGUCAAUCAUUCAAGAAUAAUUGAUCGAAGAAUAGUGUUUAACGUCAUAUCUUUCAUUUAUGUGUAUUUCAUAUUUUUGAGAUAUUCCAUAUUUGUAUGAAAUGUAUAUACUAAUUCGAAUUAACGUACUGAAUUGGCAAAUUAUUUGAUUUAGAAGAUGGUGUGCAUCUCUUAAGCAAAAAACAUAUUGCAGUAACUGAUUAAGCAUCUGAAAUAAAUAAGAAUCUUAUUAUUUUUAACAAAUUGUUAAACUGUAUAAUUAUGCUUAUUUUACUUAUGUGAUGAAAUUUCAAAG